AGAGUGGUGGCUUGGCAUCUUCAUGUACAAUGCAGGGCUAUUAUCCCUGCAUUGUACCUGCUAGCUGAAGGUGUCCAAAGUGUCCCCACACCAAAGUUCCUAAACAGGGGCGGACUGACAACUCAUGGGGCCCCUGGACAAUAGGGGAUCAUGGGGCCCCUGUGUCCUCGCCCACACUCAAACCACACCCAAAAAAAACCUAUGAAAAGGUACCAGAGGCAUCUCAUGGGGCCCCCUACUGACCCUGGGCCCUCGGGCAGUGCCCGAGUUCCCGAAUGGUCAGUCUGCCCCUGCUUAGCAGAUUUA